GACUUGGUUUUAGGUGAGAAAGGAUGGCAAAUGACUGGGCUCAGGUUACUAGGGUGCCUAGUUUUGCUCAAAUGUUGAAGAAGAACUUGCCUGCUCAGCCAACCCAACCUUCCGUCCCGUCUUCGUCUCACAGUAGUUUGUUUCGGCAAACGGAGAAUGCUAAACCGAUGUUUUUAAUCCCAGAAACAUCCAGUGUAUCAAACUUGGCGUCUAAGGUGACCCCUAUUACAGGUCAUGACUAUCAAUAUACUAAAACUGUGCCUAUCAUUCCAAUUACUUCACUUCCCCCCAAAAAAAUUCCAAAGGAAUUUAUUGCAAAAUACAAGCGAGGAGAGAUCAAUCCAGUCUCAGCUUUGCAUCAGUUUGCACAAAUGCAGCGUGUACAGCUUGAAUUAAAGGAAACUGUGGCAACAGGAAAUCUCUUGGGAACUUACUUUGCUUUUUGUGCUGUAGUUGAUGGCAUUCAGUAUAAGACUGGAUUGGGCCAAAAUAAAAAGGAAUCAAAAUCAAAUGCAGCAAAACUUGCUCUUGAUGAAAUUCUGCAAUUGGAAGAGGGAGAACCAAAAGCUUUGGAAAAUCCAGGACCACCUGUACUAAAAAAACCUUACCUAUCUUGUUUACUUUUUUAAAAAAAAAUCUUACUAGAGGGGCAGCAUCUCGCACAUCGAAAAAUUUCUCAAGUUGUCAGAGAAACAUUCGAUAAUUUGGUGGAUAAGUAUCCAGAGUACCAGAGUUGUAGCAGUUCAGUAGCUGCCUUCAUAAUUGAAAGAGCUACAAAACCUGAAGUGGUAGCUGUUGGAACAGGUGAAUUUAACUAUAGCCAAUGCAGUCAUCCUGAUGGAAGAGUGUUGCAUGAUAGUCACGCAGUUGUUACUGCAAGGCGUUCUCUACUUAGGUAUUUUUAUAGACAGCUUUUACUUUACUACAGUAAAAAUCCUGCUAUGAUGGACAAAUCCAUAUUUUGUGCUGAACCAACAUCUAACCUACUUACAUUAAAACCAAAUGUAAAAGUGUUUCUCUACAUGAAUCAGUUGCCAAAAGGAUCUGCUCAGAUAAAGUCCAAAUUACACCUCAAUCCAAACUCAGUAUCUGCAUUUGAAGCUGAUGAAGAACUGUGUCUUCAUGUGGUUGUUGAAGGCAAGGUUUAUCUCACAGCUUUUUGUCCUGCUGAAAUUGCCACAAUAAGCAGCAUGUCUACCAGUGAUAAACUGACAAGGUGGGAAGUAUUAGGUGUUCAAGGAGCCCUACUGAGUCACUUCAUUCAGCCAAUUUAUGUUAGCACAAUAAUUCUUGGUGACGCAAACUGCUGUAGUACAAGAGGAUUAGAAAUAGCCAUCAAACAACGCAUAGAUGAUGCACUUAGUAAAAAACUUCCGGUGUUCUAUCUUGUGAAUAGACCUCAUAUUAAUUUGGCAACUGCUGCAUACCCUGUACAGAUUGACCUGGACCAGAGGUCUCUUAGUGUAAAUUGGUCACAAGGGGACUUAUCGCUGGAGGUGAUAGAUGGAUUAAAUGGAAAAAUCAUUGAAAGUUCACCCUUCAAAAGUGGUAUUUCAAUGGCAAGUCGUCUUUGCAAAGCUGCAAUGCUAAGUCGCUUUAAGUUAGUGGUUAAAGAAUCAAAGAGAGAAGAUUUACAUAAAGCAACAACUUACCAUGAAGCAAAGAUUAUGGCAGAAUCUUACCAAGGGACAAAAUACUUGCUGAAGUCCUACUUGGAGCAACAUGGUUAUGGGUCUUGGAUUGUGAAGUCUCCACAUAUUGAAAAUUUCAGCAUGUAAAAGGUUAAAAUACCAGCUCUAUGACUUAAAAAAUGAGUUUUUGCUCUUGAGAAGAAUUUUUUAAUUGGUUAAUGAUUGUGGAUCAGUGUUGACCAGUAAUAUGAGCUGAUAGAUAAAAAAGUGCAUAAACAUAAGCAAAAUAAAUAUACUAUUUAGUUAAUAUAUGAAGGUCUUUUUAUUUCUUUGUCUGUGUAAAAAUAAUAAGUUGAAUUACUUUGUGCUGUGUAUUUGCUGCAAACUGCUAUCUCAAGGACUUUGAAUUUGAGGAGUACCUUUGGGAAAAUAUUGUGCGGUUGACAAUAGUUUUGAUCUGUACCAUGUUCUACAAUUGCAGAACCAGCUAUCUGUCAUUGGCUUGCUUUCUGAAAAGUUAUGUGCAAUUCUGGCAUAAAAAGCCACAGUUCACCUUGUUAAUCAUAUUGAAACUUUGUGGGUUUAAAUCCCUUUUCAGUUGUGGGACUUAAAUUUAUCUGCAGGAAACUACACAAAUUAUGCUUGCAUUACAAGAGUAAACGCCUACAAAUACAUUUUGAACAAAGUGUGUGGUCUUGCUGUAUAUUAUGGAAUUAAUUCUGUAACUUACAGAACUUUCAAACAAUAUUUGGCUUACUAAUAGAAACAACUUAGAAAAUGUAUUGGGUAUCUCAAAAUAUUUAAUUUGUAAUUUGACUCCUUUUGUUAUUCUUAAGACUUAAUGUGGAUACUGCUUUGUAUAAUAAUACUACACUUUAUUUCUAGUAAAAUAAGCAUGAUUCUACUAAUUUUUAUAGUUCAUUAAUAUACUGAAACACUUAUUUGAAACUGCAAGCCCAUAAAGUAUUUUUUGCUCGAAAAUGACAACAAGCCAGAAAAUGCAAAGCUAGAAGCAAAAGAGAAUGUUCCUUAGAAGUUAAACUAUGUUGAGGGUGGGGCAACCCUUACAGUUAAAUAUUCUCAUUGAAGUAAAAGUAUUAUAGAACGGCCCUAUGGAACAGUUUAAAACUAUUUGAAGGAGUAAAUAUAACCUUAGAAGAUUAUAAUAUAUCCUGUACUGGAUAAUUCACUUUAUGGAUUCGUCUUUAGUUCAGGAAGAAAUCUUCAUGAUGGUUACUGAAAAUGAUAGUUUGUGCAAUUGUA